GCGGUUGCUUCGGUCCUUUUAAAAAAGUACGACCGAGUUUCCGAGACGAGACGCACGAGGCCCCGGGCCUAGUGACCGAUUCAGAAAAUCAUAUCACACGAUAUCAUAUCGAUAUACGAGAUAGAGGAGAGAAACAGAGAGAGGUGUUCCGCGAGGGAGAGAUCGUCGCGUGCCGGCCGACCAAACGUCGACGGGCGCGCACGCGGUAGAGACCCAUAGCCAGUUUUAUAGCCCGUCUUAUUACCCCGGUUUAUUGCGUCGUAACGGUUUAACGAUCAUCGCCCGUUUCCACCACCUAGACCGCCGGUUUACAUUCUUACCGGUAGCGGUAACCAUAACAAGCUCAUAAAAGCCCCCGCCGCUGCCAUGAGUCCCAUUCGGAAUUAUACUCGUACGGCCUAUUGACAUUGACACUCUUGGGUGCAACCGCUUAUACCUACCGAUGACUUUUAUGACCUCUUAAAACGGUUUAAUGCCUGUUUGCUUGUCCCUUGUCGACGCUGUCACCUGUCGCCACCCGCGUCAAACAGCGUAUCGGUGUUUGGACGCGACGCGCCUACCUCUCGCUUUUUGGCGCCAACUACUACCGGAACACGAACUCGGAACUAUCACGACCAAUUCGAUAUUCUUCGUCUUCCGUGAGACAAAUAGUGGAUCUUAAACGGUGAACGGACCUUUUUAAUACAUUCGGAAAACGCGACGAGAAAUAUCGCGCAGAGCAUGGACUCUAAUAUUGUUCGCAAUUAAAAAAAAACUUAUUUCUCCAUUCUCUCCGUCCUCUCGACAAUUACGAAGAAAAAUAGACGAGAACAAUAUAAAACGAGAAUUGUUUGAACGAGGCCCUUCAUAAUUCGCCUCCCCGAUCGCGAGUUCGCCGUUAUAUUUUUUAUUGUUUCUCGAGUGGCGGUGUUUCAGUGCAAGUGAUUCAAAAUACCCGGGAUAAUGAACUCGUAUUUUGAGCAGACUGCGGGUGGCUUCUACGGAAGUCACCACCAUCAGACAGGAGCCGCCAGUCAACAUCAUGAUCCAGCCACAGCAGCUGCUUAUCGAAGUUUCCCUCUCGGCCUGGGUAUGUCACCUUACGCAUCCACUCAGCAUCAUCAUCACACCUCUUCGUCAUUGGGCAUACAUCCGGGCGGAGGAACGAACACGAGACCACCUCAAGAUUCACCGUACGACGCGAGCGUCGCGACGGCUUGCAAACUUUAUUCAACAACACCCGAGGCAACUGGACACACUACAUCCUCAUAUUCGACCACAGCGACCAAGGACUGUAAGCAACAAGAUCAAGCAUCGGCGCAUCAGAAUGGUUACGCUGCAGUGAUGGCAGCUGCGGCCGUCAAGGACGUUUGGCAGUCAGCGACCUCGGGAGCGAACAGUCAGAGCAAUUCGGUGGUUCGUCCAUCAGCGUGCACUCCAGAAGGAACGAGAGUUGGUAGCUACGGUGGUCUCGUAGGCGGUGAUCCAGCAUCGAGUCCUGGUAACAACAGUUCCUCGAGGUCCCUCACGUCGUCCUGGAACACCUGCAGUUUGAACUCGUCCGCGAGCCAACCGGUUGCCACGCAACUACAUCAGCAACCCACCAACCAUACGUUCUACCCCUGGAUGGCUAUAGCAGGUAAGGAAGAUAUUGCUAAGCCACAUUGGACAUGGUUGCAAGGAGCGAACGGAAUGCGCAGGCGCGGCCGCCAGACCUACACGCGCUACCAGACGCUCGAACUGGAGAAGGAAUUCCACACGAACCACUACCUCACCAGGCGGAGGCGGAUCGAGAUGGCACACUCGCUCUGCCUGACGGAACGGCAGAUCAAGAUCUGGUUCCAGAAUCGGCGGAUGAAGCUGAAGAAGGAGAUACAGGCGAUCAAGGAGCUGAACGAACAGGAGAAACAGGCGCAGGCGCAGAAGGCAGCGGCAGCAGCGGCCGCGGCUGCGCAUCAGCAGCAAGCGGCCGGUGGGGGACCGGAGGGGGCCAACUAGGGGUACGCCCUGCACCGGAGCCCCCCUGACCACCCCACCACCAAUCCACACCACCCUCUGCUAGCACCGCAAUGUACACAGCUAUAUUAAAGGUGAGUGGCAGGCUGCAUCCACUGUCUCUGUAAUGCCAAAUAGAUGGUCGAUGUGCGUAUCUGUCGAUCGUCAAUUUAUCGGUUGCGGCGAAUCGGAUGCUGCACCCGGUGAGUGACGAACCCGCCUCCUGCUCCCCCCUCCUCCCCCUCCCCGCGCGCCACCGCAACCAUCACCACCCCCAUGGAGAAACCUCCUGUCAGCUCACUUUGACCAAUAAUCCCGCAGACCAAUCAGUAUCCAAGUGCACAGUGACGUCCGUACAAGCCUAGUAUUGUCUAGUAGUUCACCCUUUGCCCCUUUCCCCUUCCCCGCCUCCCACAUUUCUGGCCUCUCUCUAUCUGUGGCCCCCUUGCUUUUGGCGCAGUAGUGUGUGUGUAGAUAGAGGGGGUGAGUUAUACGGAGUAUAGUUCCGCUCGUUAAAACAACCGAUCUCCGUCCCGUAUCUCGUUUUCGAGCGUGAAAAGGCGAAAAGGCGACGACACGCGUGAACAACAACACGUUCAUAGAAACGAUCACCGAGAAACAUUAUGUAUGUGUCCAGAUGUUUCUCAUAAUGUCUCGUUGUUCUCGGGUUUUAUCUCUGCUCACGGCAACGGUGGUGGUAUAUGGUGCGUUGGGAUGCGCGCAAUCUCUCUCUGAAAACCUAAAUACGUAAACGAAAUGGCUAAGAGUUAAUAAUUAGUAAGUUAACGCUUAGGAAGUGAGCACAAGUAUCCUCGAGUGUCAACACACUAUGGCGAUCGACACGGGUAUAUGAACGAUUAAGAGGGGGGGUUGAUUCGGCAGUUUUCGUUUUUAUCGACACGCGUUGUCUCCCCGGUGAUUAAAAUAAUUAUUUUUUUCUCUUUCGCGAAUCGAUAUAUUAUACAGAGAAAGAGAGAGAGAGAGAGAGAAAAAGAAUGGAAUAUAUUUUGCUGAUAUACUAUUCUUCUUAUUUAAAAUUUUUAUCUAGCAUAAUGAAAAUUAAAAUACUUAAUCGUUUAAUUGUGGAAUCGAGUCUUUGAAUUCGUAUAUAUACCAUGUAUGAUGCCAAUAUUAUAUGUCUUUCGUAAUUAAAAGGUUAAGAGAAAUAAAUUUGAUCUUAUUCUAAAUUCUUAAAAUUAUAUUUCUCAUUUAAAAAUUAAAAAAUGCAAAAAACUUAAGUUAUUUCGACAAAAAAAAAUAGCUAGAUAGGAAAAUUUUAAGUAAAAAGGAUUGAUAUGUUUUACGAAUGCUGCCAUUCCCUCCCCUUCCUUGUUUUUUGUUAACUUAGCGAUUAUUUUGUUUUAUUUCGCUUGUUUGAUCGCAUACACUCGCUGAUACCACGAUCCCUUCCAUAGCGUGUUAAUAAUGCUACGACUGCUGUUGAUGUUAUGUUUUUGUUAAUUAUUAUUAUUUUUUUUUUUAUUUGUCUGCGGAAACGACACGAGAACACGUUUCUAUCGUUAUCAUGUGUCUCGAUGUUUCUUUCGAGCAUUAAUCUCUUUCGAAGAGAAAUAAAGAAAAAGGGGAUAGCAAUAAUAUUAGAAUAUUUGUCUAUGACAAUGUCCCGAUCUUUUUUUCGAGCACACUAAAAGACGAUAAAAACGUGUUUCUUUCGAUCGGUACAAAAUAUAUAUGUUGAUGUUCGAUAAUUUUGUUAAAUAUUAUAUAUUAUAGAAAAAAACGUUUAUGCGAUGCGUAUAAGCGCCACUAUACCAGGCCGAAAAAAUGGUAAAAUGGCGCAUGCGCGGUUUUUCUCUUACGAGUCGAAUGUAACCUUUAUACGCCGAACACGUAUAAAGAAAAAAGAAAAAAAACAUUAAAGAUACACAGAUUCCUUACUUCUUCCGUACUUCCUUUUUUUUCUUUCACUGUGUUCGUUUAUAAUAAUUUCUCUCUCUAUCUGUGAAUCGUCUCGAUUCCUCGUUCCAAACGAAGAGAAAUCGAACGAAACUCCGAUAGACAUUUUAACGAAGCAAGAUUAUUACAUUGUACGUACCUACUUAGUACCUAUAAACGCCUACCCAGACACAAAGUGUGCGUGGCGCUAUCCUAAGGCAGUAAAACACAACUAUUCUAGUUAAUGAAUGUAUACGAAUAGCCGCUAAGAGACACGCAAGAAUAAUAGGUAAACGCAGUAUUUCUAAGAGGAAUGUAAUGUUAAUAAUUAUUUAUUUUGUGGAUCUCGGUGAAACGGGAAGAAUGGAAAAAUAAAACUGAUAAAAAAUUAUAAUAAUAAAAAAAAAAGAGACGAAGUUAGAACGCGCGAAAAAGAAUUAUAUAUAUAUGAAUAGAAAGAAUAUACACAUUCGUCGCUCUGCUGUGCUGUAAAAUGUUUUAAACUAUGGAUUUCUUUAUAGGCAAAUAGGCCUAUAUCUCUUAGGGAUAGGCGUAUCCAUGCGUAGUGGUAGCCGCAUCAUCAUUAUCAUCAUUAUCAUCAUCAUUAUUAUCAUCAUUAUCAUUACCAUCAUCAUUAUCAUUGUCACUAUCAUUAUCAUUAUCAUUAUCAUUAUCAUCAUUUUUUUCACUGUUAUUUCUUUUUUCCGCGAUGAUGGCGACAUAAGAAUGAAAGGAAAACGAAUAUCUACAAGGCAAACACACAGCAUCCUCUUUUGUAAUAUAAUUCUAGAAUAUCGGUUGUUUACCAAUUUGGAUCCUGAUUGUAUGUAUACCCGCGAGAGCGACCAGGGCCGCAUCUGCUGCCUAUGCGUGGAAACCACGUGUUGUAAAACGACGUGUAUAAAACUAAAGAGACGAUUUUUGUUUCUCUAGGGGGCGGUUGCUGCUCUGAACGCUGAUUGUAAUAUUACCUUGAUUAUACGAUUACUAAGGAAAAAAAGGAACAAAAUAAAUGCGAUGUAAACUUGA